AUGGCGCUUUUCAGUGGCAUCGUCGCAAUGGAUUAUACUGAGGGGCACAUGGAUGUGGAGUUAAAUGAUGUUGGGAGACAGCAGGCAAUGGCAGGAUCUCAAAGACAGUUAAACAGCGGAAUGCAAGACUUGGAUUUCCUAAGAGCGCUUUCAAGAGCGUUAACUGCCCUUUCUUACGAGGCAUUCAAUGCCCUUGAUCUCGCCCAAGGGCCUUUUUUCAAGGAGUGCCGGGUUGCUGGUCGGCUUGCAGAGGAGAGCGAAAUCUCGGCUGUUUACUCUUCUGAUUUGAAGCGAGCUCGUCAAACUGCUCAGAUUAUAGCAAGCAGAUGCAAUGUUCCCGAGGCAUCUUUAUCAUCAAGGACGGAUCAAGAAAUUCCGGUAUGCGAUUUCUUCUUGUUAAACUUGCAAACAGAAUGUAUGGUUACUGGACAGAGAGUGAUAGUGGUAACUCAUGGUGGAGUAGUGAGAGCAUUUCACAAGUAUGCUGCUCCAGCAGAGGAAUUGCCAGGCAAGAUUAAGAAUACAUCUAUUAACAUUUUUCCCAUGGCUGGUGAGGACAAGUGGACCAUCAAAACCUGGGGCGAUAUCCGCCAUCUUAGUAAUAUUGGGUUUCUUGAGACUGCCUUCGGAGGUAACACAAAUUCUGGCUAG